GUGCAUAUUGUAUUUACGAAACACGUAUACUUUCAAAUACUUCUCCUCUCUCACUCUUAGGUGUUUUUCUUAAACAUCUUUUGACCCAAAACUAUAUCAAGAAUGAAGAAAUUGGAUUUGGAACUCAGAAAUCCCUGAAACAAGAAAUUGGAUUUUGGCCGACCCGCAUAGAGUUCCUUCAUCUACGUCCACUCGGUUUAAUCAUCAAUCUUCUUUGGGUUUCUAAUUGGGGAAUGAAUGCAUCUCCAUGGAAAAAUAUGAGGCCAUUUUUGUCAUUUUCUCUUGAAUUUUGACCAAAGUCAUUUUUUUGGCUUAAAACUCUUCGCACCGCCCAUCGCCGCCACUACCGCCGAUCUAGGGUUUCGAAAACCGUUCACAUUUCCCUAAAUGGAAGACAACAAAUCGACAAACCCUAAAACAACACAAGAACUAGCAGUAGAAGGACAAAAGCAUUUAGAAGACACAAUAGAAGCAGCACAUCAAAUACUCUCUGCUAUGAACGAUGAACUCUGUAACCCUUCACUUUGGUCGUCAUCCACUACUACUCCAAAUACCGUUACUUCUAACGGCGCCGUUUUGAGUAACGGACAUCAUUUAAACGGUGACGUUUCGUCUGAUAAUUCUUCGGGUUCUAAUAAUGCUUCGGCGCAACAUUUGGAUAAUAUUGGUGGCGGUGCGCUUGAUGAAUCGAGACUCCGUUAUAAGUCAUCUGUUGCUUCCUUGCGCUCUGUUCUAACGGCAAUUUCUAAUUCCCAAAAGGCAAAAGCAUUGGAAGCUGCUUCUGCUACUGGUUCACUAUCUGCUGCAGAUCAAGCUGAAAUUGAGCAGCUGGAGGGCCGCGCCUCUACAUUAAAAAAGGAGCUCGUAGACAAGAACAAGCAACUCAAGCUUCUGAUUGAUCAGCUUCGAGAUCUUCUUUCUGACCUAUCAACAUGGCAAAGUCCCUGUUCUACAUGAAUUUCUGCUGCCAUUACUUCAAGCAGAUAAUUCAAACAAGAGAGAUGUCAGAUGUCAAAGGAAUUGUGUUCAGCUCUAAGAAGCUGUUCUUUUGUACAGAGGUUACUGCUAGAAUCAAACCCUUGCCAAACACCUGUGCUUUUAUGCAACUUAAUGCUGCUCGUGGUGCUACGAUUGUUUCUGUUUAGAUGUUCUGUCUGGUCCGAUAAUGGGCUGAAAAGUUGUACAAUUAAUCUGUUAGAGCGGGAAUACUGAAGGAGGGAAAAGGAGAAUGCUUUUGAUCUUAACUUAUUAUGCUAAGUUUUAUUUUGAUGUGCACUAUAAUUUUCUCCUCGCA